CCUCAUUCCGGAAAUCUUGCUUGAGGCUAAUUCCCAAGCUUUUGCAAUGAAGAACGCCAUUUUUCAUGAGGGCUUAAUCAAGACAUUUCUCUCCUACUUGAUUUUUCAAGCUGGUGUUCUCGGUAAAGCAAUUCCUCGAACAACCAGCUGCCUCAGCAAUUAUUACGCUGGCCCUGUUAACCCAAGCUUCGAGACCGGUACCCUUGAUGGCUGGGAAGUCGUCAGUGGCGAUGCCUUUGGCAGCGCCUCUGUGAGCUCAUCCCCAACUUACUGGGGAGGUUCAUUCAACAAAGUUGGCAACUACUUCUUGUGGGGUUUUCCCCAGUCUGGGGAUCCUGCAGUCGGAGAAAUUCGCUCAAGCACGUUCCAAGCGAGCUCCGUAAUGAGCUUCCUGGUCGGUGGUGGUUGGGGUCCUGUCAAUCUCUACGUUGGGCUGGUUCGAGAGAGCGAUGGUAGUCUCCUUUUCAGCCAGACGGGGACCAAUGAUGAGGCCAUGAUCCGCAUUAUCUGGGAUACCAGCGGUUAUGCUGGAGAGACGGUCCACAUGAUUAUCUACGAUAAUAGUACUGCUGCAUCAUGGGGUCAUAUCAACUUGGACGAUGUCCGUACUGGUUGCGACGCUCUUGGUGAUGGUGGCCUUACCUUUAAUGUUCUUGGCCAAGUCAAUCAACCUCCGCAGAGUGCAACUUCACUGUCGACUACGCAGCUUUACGCUUCAGACCCGAUUCGUCCACAAUUCCACUACACUCCUUACCAAGGUUGGAUUAAUGAUCCUGCUGGCCUGAUUGAAUGGAAUGGCCGUCACCAACUCUUCAGUCAAUUCAAUCCCGCCGCACCAUUGUGGGGUCCUAUGCAUUGGUCGCAUGUGGACAGCUCCGAUGCCGUACAUUGGCGCGAAUUACCUGUGGCGCUUUUCCCGCCUUACCCUGAUAAUCCAUUAGAUAGCAGUGGCCGCUUCACAGGCAGCGCAGCGUUGGACAAUGAUACAGGCGCGCUCCAGCUCAUCUUCACCGAUUUUUCCGAUAUCGCUCUGCACCCCAACUUGCUUCCUGAAGUCGUAUCGACGGCAAAGAGUACUGACGGCAUUGACUUCCCAUUAUACUCCGGAAACCCAAUCAUUGCAGCCCCUCCUUCGGAUUCACCCAGCGGGUUUAGAGACCCGAAGGUAUUCUUGGACACCACCGACAAUAUCUGGAAGAUGGUUGUCGGCUCAGGCGAUACGACGAGCGGCAAGGUACAACUCUUCAAGUCAACAGACCCUAACCUUCUUACCUGGGAUUAUGUUGGCGUCCUCUUCGAGGGCAAUGGAAGUACCGGAACCAUGUGGGAGUGCCCCAACUUCUUCCCACUUGAUGGCAAAUGGAUUUUGUUCUAUGGCGGCGAUGGUCUCGGAUGGUACGAUGUCGGUACCUUUGAUGGAACAAAGUUCACCUCGGAAAAAACUGGGCUUUUGGAUGCUGGACCUGACAGCUAUGCUACUCAGUGGUACAUAGACUCUGCUGGACGCAAUCUUGUUAUCACCUGGAUGGGUAACUGGGGAACUUCUAAAUGGCCCAGUCGUGUCAAUGGAUGGGCUGGUGCACAAUCUAUUACUCGACAGCUGUUCGUUCGUGCUGAUGGAGGGCUUGGAAGUAAGCCUAUUGACGAAGUGUCGACACUUGCAAGUGGAGAGGUCCAAAAUUUGGGACAGACGAAUGUUCACGGCACCAUUACUGUGGGAUCCUCGAACACUGCUCGACUCCAGAUGACGGUUGAUCUUGCAUCUACUAACGCACCUGCCUUCACCGUACAAUUGUAUUCUUCCAUCGCUGAAUCGGUAGUCCUUACCUACAGUGUCGUGAAUAAAACCCUCACCCUGGAUACUACGAAUGCCGGGUAUGGCCAAGCUGGGACAUGGAGUGCGAUCAUUGACGUAUCGUUGAAUGAAAAGUUGGCUCUCGAUGUUCUUAUCGAUCGCUCAAGUGUUGAGAUCUUUACUGGAGAUGGGACGGCGAUGACUGCGACUGUGUUCCCACAUUACCAGGAAUCAAAGGACAUCAAUAUCGUUUCCGAUGGGGGAGAGACAGUGUUUAAUACUAUCGCUUUGACGCCGUUUGGGUCUACUUGGAGCUAGCUCUGGGCAAUGGGCAUGUGGUCGGGUUUUUCGCUCUGCCAGGCGGAGGGCUGCUAGAUAUAGUGCUAAUUGAUUAAUUUAAACAAAUUCGCC